AUGACAGCGCACCGCAAGGGGUCCUCCGCGCGCCCUUCCGCCACGCUCCGCGGAAGCGCGAGCGGCGGGGGAAGCCCCGCGGGGGCGUUCGUUGAUAUCUCCCACCAUCACUCAGACGACUCCAUUUACCCCGACGAACCAUCCUCCUUCUCCCUCUCCUCCCACUCCCACGCACACUCGCACCACCGCCCGAACCUGCGGCACCGACUGCAACAAGACGCACUAGACUUGCAAGACAGUGGCUUGCUGUUAGAUGAGAGGGAUGACGCAGGGGAUAGCAGCAGCGACCGUUUGAAGAGGCUGGGGAAUGGUGAUGCUGACGUGGAGGGACAAAAGGCGUUGGAUCGGGAUCGGGAUGGAUUGGUCGGCUGGGAUGAUGAGGAGGAGAAGGGUGUUGGAUUGAGGAAGAGAGGGAAGGGAGAGGGGGAGGUGAAGGGGGGGUCAGAAAGAGGACAAGACAAUCCGGUUGGGAGAGAAAGAACUAGGAGAAAAUCGAAGAAAAAACUUUCUGAGGGAGACGAAGAAGAGGUGGACGGGGAGAGAGCAACAGAGUUGAACGAGGAGGGACAAGGGGGGGAAAUGAGGGAUGGGGGAGGGUAUAGGGAAUUGGAUGGCGAAGGGGGGAACGGGGAAGCAAAGGAAAGAGAUGAUGAAGGGGAGAGAGGCUGGGAGGCAGGAGGAGAGAGAGGAGGAGGCAGGGAAGCGAUUGAAGACAAUAUGGAAGGGAAAAGAGAAAUGGGGGGGGAUAGAAGUCAGAGGAUAUGGGAGCAGGGGAAAGGUGAGGGCUUAAGGAUGGAAAGAGGGGUUGGGAAAGCGAGUAAGGGAGGAGAGGAUGGGUUGAUGGCAGAAGGGAGGAGACCUGGGGAGGAGAGGAGGAGCGGGGAGGAGGAGAGGAGGAACGGAAAGGUGGGCCCUUUGCAAGGAGACUUCGUUAAGGGGGGUGGGGGAGGAGAGGUAGAGGGGAGAGGCGUGCAAGCGGUUGGUGGGAACAUGCAUGGGGAUGUAGCGAGGGAGGGUGGUAGCGUCGGUGGAAUGAGACAAGUCAUAGAGCGGCAGAGGGAGCAGCAGAAGCAACAAGGGGGGCCGCAACAGAAGCAGCUGGGACAGGAGCAGCAGAGGGAGCCGGUUCAGCAAAGCGAGAAGCAGUAUACAGGGGAGCAUCAGGUGCAAGAGAAACAGAAGGAGCAGAGGCAGCAGCAGAAGCGGGAGCAAGGCAGGGAGGGAAAUAGCAGAGGGGGAUCAGAAGGAAGAGAAGGGCGUGUGCAGAAUGGGUCAGAUAGGGGGUCUUUCUCUUCCCCACUGCUCUCAAGCCCCUCUCUCCCUUCACCUUCCCGUUCUUCUCCCACGCUCCCUCCUGCUCCUCCUGCUCCUCCUGCUCCUCCGCUCCACACCCCUCUUCCAUCCCUCACCUCUGCUUCUACAAAAUCCUCUUCUCCCCACACAAUCCCCUCUCCUUCCCAAGCCUCCGCGCUGUCUCCUCCUUCCCCAUCCCUCUCCUCCCCCCGUUCGCGCCUCGCUCCCCCAUCCUCGCACUCUCCCCCUCCUCCUUCCCCCCACUUCCCCUCUUUGUCUCUCUCCCCUUCUCUUUCAGUCCCACCACCCUCGUUGAUAACCCAAUCGGGAAGGGCUCUUUCCCCCCCUUCCCUUUCCACCAGCAAGGGGGGUCAGGGAGGGAACCAGCAGCACCUGCAGCAGAAUCGACAACAGCAACAGAAUCAGAAGCAGAAUGAGAAGAAGAAAGAGGCAAAGGAAAUGCACCAGCAGGGGCAGAGUCGGCAGAAGAAUAACCAAGAGAAUGUGCAGCAGAAGCUGCACCAACAGCAGCAGAAGAAGCAGCGUGAGCAGCGGCAGCAGGGGAGCAGCAAGGGAGGAGGAGUUUCGACUGAGCCUGCGUGGACUAAAAGUGGCUUUGUGCUAUUCAGCGGCUACCGUGCAUCCAUGGACUCAUUCGUUGCUAUCGAGAGUGGCUUUGUUCUAUUCAGCGGCUACCGUGCAUCCAUGGACUCAUUCGUUGCCAUCGAGAGUGGCUUUGUGCUAUUCAGCGGCUACCGUGUAUCCAUGGACUCAUUCGUUGCUAUCGAUGUUCGUCUCUUCAUCUCUCCCUCCCUUUCCUCCUACCUCCCACCCACCCACCAUUGCAGAGCGGCUUUGUGGGUGGAGAAGAAUGGAGACCGGCAUGUGGGUCGAGUCACGGUAAAGCAUCCAUCUCACGCCCACCCACCGAAACACCUGCAAUCCGCCACCACCACUACUGCUGGCGCUGCCGCUGCUGCCGGCAAGCUCCCAGCAGCAGCAGGAGCCAAGGGAUCAGCAGCACUAGCAGCAGGCGGCAGCGGCAGUGGCGGCAAUGGCGGCAGUGGGGCUAGUGGGGCUAGUGGGGCUAGUGGGGCUAGUGCAGUUGCGACAGCAGAGACGGUGGUGCUGGUGUGUUUGCUGGGAGAGGAGGCGAGUCUUCACACGGGUGGGCAGCUGCGCAUGGAGGUGAAUGGAGAGGACGUGCUGGUGUAUGAGGAGGAGGGCAACCAGGGGUUCCGCCACAGAUUCGGCGACGAGGAGACGCUGAUCUACAAUCUCAUGUACUGCAGCACGCCCAUCCAUGUGGCCGUGCAUGCUGUCAGAUUCGCGCAGUGGCUCAACUUCCACCGCACCGUGCACCACAUGAGUCACGGUGGGGGAGAGGACAUAUUCGCGCAAUGGCUCAACUUCCACCGCACCGUGCACCAUGUGGACUAUUUCCAGCUGUACGAUGCGGGCGGCGUGGAGGGGCGGCUGCUGCAGCAGCUGGCGCCCGCCAUAGAGGCGCGGGCAGCGGCAGUCAUGGACAUGCGCGCCGUGGCAGGGCGGGAUGGCACGGCGCAUGGGCAGGUGGGUGGGAGCAUGGGCAGGGCAGGGAAGAUGGGUGCAUUUGGUCUCCGUCUGCCGGCCAUAGAGGCGAGAGCAGCAGCAGUCAUGGACAUGCGUGCCGUGGCAGGGCGGGAUGGCACGGCACAUGGGCAGGUGGGAAGAAGGGCAGGUGGGAAGAAGGGCAGGUGGGAAGAAGGGCAGGUGGGAAGAGGGGCAGGUGGGAAGAAGGGCAGGAAGGAAGAAGGGCAGGUGGGAGGAAGGGCAGGUGGAAGGAAGGGCAGGUGGGAAGAAGGGCAGCUACUGGCGUUCCAUGACUGUCUGUACUUUGCGCGCACGGCAGCGCGCUGGGCGCUCUUCCUGCAUCCUGACGAAUACCUGCUGGUGCAGCAGCCGCCGCACUCCAUCGCUCACGUGCUUGCGCUGCACCAGGUGGGAUGCAGCCUCUCAUGUGAGUACCUGCUGGUGCAGCAGCCGCCACACUCCAUCGCCCACGUGCUUGCGCUGCACCAGCAAUCCUCGCACGUCACCUUUGGAGCGUUUCGCUUCCUCACAGACACAUGCCCUCGCAUCACCUCCCAUGUCAACGCUCUCACCCUUCCCACACACGGCCAAGGCCAGCAGCACGAGCCCAGGGCAGGGGAGGUGAAUCUGCCCACCACAGCAGUGCACAUCAGUCACUUCCCCAGCCUCACCUCUCGCCACCUGCGCCCCUGUGCUAAGACCCUCUCAUCAGAGGAAGUUUCUGUGCGGCGUUUGGUGCUCGAUAGCUCCGUUGCUGACCUGGCUCGGGCUGUUCGUGUGGCUGCAGAGACUGUGGCUGCUGCUGCGCGUGGCGCUGGUGGUGCUGCUGGUGGUGCUGCUGGUGUUGCCAGUGCUGGUGCUGCUGUUGCUGCUGCUGCUGCUGGUGUUGCUGGUGUUGGUGCUGGUGGUGCUGGUGCUCGUGGCGCCGUUGGUGCUGGUGCUGGUAGUAGUGUUUCCAAUGGUGUUGCCGUGGCGGCCAGUUAA